AUGAGUCUGUCCCGUAAAAGAAUAUUCGAUUUACUAAAAACUAUAAACAUCGCAUCAUGCCAAUGUCCAGCACACAGUCAUAGGGGUAAUGUCCAUGUAUCUAAUACUGCACUGACCAAGGAUUAUGCCUUUGAGAUUAAAUGUUCCACCGUGAGGUAUGGAUUGGGUGUAACAAAGGAGGUAGGCAUGGAUUUAGCGAAUUUUGGCGCGAAAAAUGUGUGCGUUAUGACAGAUUCCAAUAUUGUGUCGCUAAGUCCUAUGAAAGCGGUACUUGAUUCUCUCGUGAAAAAUGGAAUAAGCUACAGUGUGUAUGACAAAGUUCGAGUUGAACCCACUGAUUCAAGUUUUAAGCAUGCAAUAGAAUUCGCGAAGCAGGGUGAUUUCGACAGCUAUGUAGCAGUGGGUGGUGGCUCGGUAAUGGACACUUGUAAAGCGGCCAAUUUAUAUGCCUGCAACCCGCAGGCCGAGUUUCUUGAUUAUGUGAACCAACCGAUCGGCAAAGGAAAAGCAGUCUCUGUGCCACUUAAGCCUAUGAUUGCAAUACCAACAACUAGUGGGACAGGGAGCGAAACGACAGGAAUGAGUAUUUUCGACUAUGAAGAAAUAAAAGCGAAAACGGGGAUUGCGCAUACGAGUUUAAGACCAUUACUGGCUUUGAUCGACCCUCUUCACACGUUGAGUGUGCCUCAAACGGUCGCAAAUUACGCCGGUUUCGACAUUUUCUGCCACGCAUUGGAAAGUUUCACGGCUAUUCCUUACACCGAACGAGGUCCAGCUCCGGAAAAUCCGGCCUUGCGGCCAGUGUAUCAAGGCAGUAACCCGAUAUCGGAUGUGUGGGCCAGAUUUUGUCUUCAGUGCCUUCAAAAAUAUUUCGCACGCUCUGUUAACAAUCCGGACGACCUGGAAGCGCGCUCUAGCAUGCAUCUGGCCGCCACCAUGGCUGGCGUGGGCAUCGGCAACGCUGGCGUUCACAUUUGCCACGGCCUUGCCUACCCCAUAGCUGGUAACGUGAAGGAUUUCGUACCGACACACUAUGGAACGGACCCCAUAAUCCCGCACGGGCUGGCGGUGGUGCUGACUGCGCCUUCGGUGUUUCGCUUCACUUCCGCGAGCGAUCCCGACAAGCAUCUGGAGGCGGCCGCCCUGCUCGGCGCUGACGUCACCGGCAAGAAGCGAAGCGACGCCGGCAAAGUGCUGUCCGACACUAUACUGAAGUACAUGGACACCAUGAAGAUCGCGAACGGCUUGGGCGCGAUCGGAUACUCCGCCGAGGAUAUACCGCAGCUGGUGAAAGGAGCUCUGCCACAGAAUCGUUUGUUAAAGAUAGCACCUGUACCGCAGUCAGAAGAAGAUUUAUCCAAAAUCCUUGAAGAAUCGCUGACGCUUUAC